AGAAAGGUGUCUCAGUUUUAUCAUCAUGUAAUAUUAAGUAAUUUGCCAAAUCUGAGAAGUCAUAAAUUUUGAGUAACAGAAAGGUGUCUCAGUUAUGAUCUCAAACCCUCAACAACAACAAUGCAUUCUCACAACAUCCUUUUCUUCUUCUUCUUCUUCUUUACCAUUUCAUUUGCAGAACUUUGCAAUCCAAAUGACAAAAAGGCCCUCCUCAACAUCAAAAAAGCCUUGAACAAUCCCCACAUUCUCACCUCAUGGAAACCUGGAAAAGAUUGUUGCACAUGGUUUUAUGUUGGAUGUGAUGCAAAGUCCCACCGGAUCAACUCCCUCGAUAUCUCCCUCGAUGACGAUCUCUCCGCCCAAAUCCCAACCUUCGUCGGCCACCUCCCAUUCCUUACAACCCUCAGAUUCUACAAGCUUCCAAAACUCAUUGGCCCCAUCCCACCUACCAUUGCCAAACUCCAUAACCUCGUACAACUUGACCUAAGUUCCAACGCUCUCUCUGGUUCAAUCCCAACCUUUCUCGGCUCCCUCUCCAAUCUCGAAUAUCUCGACCUCUCGUCCAAUCGCCUCACCGGCUCCAUUCCUAGCUCCCUCGCCAACCUCCACCGCCUCAACAUUCUUCAUUUGAACCGAAACAAAUUGACCGGACUCGUCCCCGAUUCCUUUGGAAAUUUCAACGGAAAUAUCCCUCAACUCUACCUCUCCCACAACCAACUCUCUGGGAAAAUUCCAGCUUCCUUGGGGAGAGUGAACUUCAAUUUUAUUGAUUUGUCGUGGAACAAGCUCGAGGGCGAUGGAUCGGUGAUAUUCGGAGAGAAGAAGAAGACAGAAACUAUCAACUUGUCGAGGAACUUGUUAGAGUUCAACAUGUCGAAGGUUGUGUUCCCACAAACCUUGAAUUAUCUGGAUCUUAACCAUAAUAAGAUCUUUGGGGAAAUACCGGUCGAGAUUGUGAAGUUGCAACUGUUCUUCCUGAAUGUGAGUUAUAAUGCGCUUUGUGGUCGGAUUCCGGUCGGCGGGGAGUGGUUGCAGAAUUUUGGUGCUUCCUCCUAUUUUCAUAAUAAGUGCUUGUGUGGUAAGCCGCUUGAUAGCUGCAAAUGAUGAUGUUGAAAUCACUUCAUAGCUUCUCUAUUACUGUUAGUGGUCUUUUUCUUUUCUUUGUGUUACUUGUUAAUUAUGUUGUGAAUUUGUUCAACUGGGCCAAACUCCCAGAUGUUCACAAGUCAGGACAAGGGCAAAGCAUUAAUCACCCAUACUUGAACUCA